GGUCAACAAACAUGUACUACCGUAACUCUUCAGACAUCCUCGAUACAAACUUCAAACAUAAAUUUUCUACAUUUUAAAUGAUUCCCUCCCAGCUAUAAUAAUGUCGGAACUUCUGAUUAUGGGAUCAUGAAACAUUGCUCCUUGAUCUGAAACCUGAUGCCAUAAGAAACCUCAACUCCCAAUUUUCCUUAGGCCACAUCACCUUUUUUAAAUAACCAUGCCACAGAAAAACAAGGCCUUAUGUAGCAUUGCUUUCCUGAUAUUCACAAGUAUUAUCCAGAGUUGUAGUACUUCAAAAGACACCAUUACACAAAACCAAUCCUUCAAAGAUGGAGAUAUCUUGGUGUCAAGUGGGAGCACAUUUGCGUUCGGUUUCUUCAGCCCUGGAAAUUCCCUGAAUCGGUAUGUUGGGAUUUGGUUUAACACAGUGCCUGAACAAACGGUGGUUUGGGUUGCGAAUCGGGAUAACCCCAUCCAGGGCACCAAUGGAUCUCUAUCCAUUGAAGCUUCUGGAAAUCUUGUUCUCCGUGACCUAAGCAACAACAGGCUGGUAUGGUCUACUAACAUUUCGGGUUUGGCUGCAGAUUCUUAUUUUGCUCAGCUCUUGGAUUCAGGGAAUCUUUUGUUGCUCCAAGGUUUGAAUCAAAGUACAAGCAGGGUCAAUUUGUGGCAGAGCUUCGAUUUUCCUACUAAUACUUUGCUCCCUUACAUGAAAUUGGGGGUGAAUCGGACAUCCGGUCAUCAAUGGACCUUAACAUCUUGGAAAUCUCGAGAUGAUCCGGGAACAGGGGAUUUCCAGGACAAGUUGGAACUAAAUAGUUCACCGCCACAAUUCUUCCUGUUCCAAAAUUCUGAAAAGAUAUGGCGACAUGGGCCAUGGAGGGAGCAUUAUUUGAGUCAGUUACCUGAUACGUCUACUGGUUACGUUUUCAGUUCUAGUUAUAACGAGAGUGAUGCUGAAGUCAGCCUUCUGUACGGACUUCCAGAUCCCUCGAUUUUAUCUAAAGUAACAGUAAAUGAAUCCGGGUUUCUUGAAUUUGCAACAUGGCAAGACGAUCAGCGUAAGUGGCUUAGAUUUGGUUCUUUCCCGAAUGACAUAUGCGACUAUUACAGGCAAUGUGGUGCAUUCAGCGUUUGCGGUCCUUAUAAGUCGGGUGAAUUUGAAUGUCAGUGUCUUCCUGGAUAUAGCCCUAAAUCUGAAAGGGACAAGCACUCAAAGAAUGCGACCAACGGCUGCACUAAUAAAUUGACCGGAGAACAAUUUUGUGGAAAUAUUAGUAGUGUUGAUGUUGAAUUCAUAAAAUUGACAUCUGUUAAGUUGCCAGAUACCGCGAAUGCAAUUGGUAAUCGAACUAUGGGACUUGAAGAAUGUGCAGAUUUGUGUUUGAAAAAUUGUUCGUGCACAGCUUAUGCAAAUGCAUAUACUGAUAAUGGUGGAAGUGGCUGCAUUACUUGGUAUGGUGAUUUGAUGGAUAUGAGGCAGCUUUCAAAUGCGGGACAGGAUGUCUUCUAUAUCAGAGUUUCUCAGUCUGAAUUAGCUCAAUAUCAGAAGAAUUCAAAGAGGUCAGAGAGCAAAAGGUUGAUAAUCAUCUUGGUACCGUCCGUAGGAGGGAUUCUAUUAUUGAUCUACUCAACUUGGUUGGUCCUGUUGAAGCGCAAAGAUGGACAAUCAAAGGCCGACGACUGUACGGAUAAGAAGGCAUUAGACUUGCCAACUUUCAAGAUGAGCAGUAUUUCAGCAGCAACCAACAGUUUUUCACUCACAAACAAGAUUGGUGAAGGCGGUUUUGGACCUGUUUACAAGGCUGAACUUGCAACAGGACAAAUGAUUGCCAUCAAGAGACUAUCAACAGAUUCCAUGCAAGGACUGGUGGAGUUCAAGAAUGAAGUGAUCUUGAUUUCCAAGCUUCAACACAGGAAUCUAGUCAGGCUUUUGGGAUGCUGCAUUGAUGGCCAAGAGAGGAUGCUAAUCUAUGAGUACAUGCCAAACAAGAGUCUAGACAACUACAUAUAUGAUGGCGAAACAAGGAAAGGGCUUAAUUGGAGAAUGCGCUUUAACAUCAUAAUUGGGAUCGCACGAGGACUGGUCUACCUUCAUCGAGAUUCAAGGUUGAGAAUAAUACAUAGAGAUCUCAAGGCUAGCAAUAUCCUUUUGGAUAAGGAGAUGAAUCCCAAAAUUUCAGAUUUUGGGACUGCCAGAGCUUUUAAAGAGCAGCAGCUUCUAGCCAAAACAAUCAGGGUUGUCGGUACUCACGGAUAUAUGGCGCCGGAAUACAUCACGAGAGGGCUAUACUCAAUGAAAUCUGAUGUGUUUAGCUUUGGCGUAUUAAUCUUGGAGACAGUUUCGGGCAAAAGAAACAGAGAUUUUCAUCCAGAUCAGGAUCACAAUCUCCUUGGACAUGCUUGGAAUCUCUGGAACGAAGGGAGUGUUGAUAGACUAAUUGACGAACUAAUGGAAGAUCAGUUUCCCGCAUUAGAGGUGGAAAGGUGCAUACAAGUCGGGCUGUUGUGCGUACAAAGACGCCCUGAAGAUCGGCCAACCAUGACCACUGUACUGAGCAUGUUAGACAGCACAAACUCUGUGCUUCCUCAACCUAACCAGCCAGCCUUUUCCAAUACACUCAUCUGUGUAGAAAAUUCACUGAACAAAAUGCGCCGGACUAAUGGGAUCACUCUCACUGUAUUGGAGGGCCGCUAACAAAAUAACAGGCUACCAAACUCCGUUGCACAGAAACUCUAGAAUGUCCAAUGACGAUACCUGGAAUUGUACCGCCGGUGUAGGGUGAAACUCCGACUAGGGUUUUCUGCAAAACAGAGCCUCGGGCGUCUCGCGAGGAUAGACACUCCGAAGCUUAAGUCAGAAA